UCCACUACCGUCAACAAAAGACUGGUUGCAUUUUUUCCCCCCAGCAUACUGCUUUCCUGUCUCCCAGGCUUGGCAAUCUAUUAAAUUUAACCUAUUAAUAUUCUGCCUGCACUGAGUUUCAUUUAGCUGUGAUUCCUGUCCUUUCUGAUUUACACUUGCUUCCCUCGUGUGUUGCCUCAGAUUUGUGCUUGGUCUUGUCUCCAACCGGUUUGUAUUCCUCCAGCUUUGUCUUCUGCACUCCUCAAUCCUUCAACUUUAGCCUUCUAUGUAUUUUUUCCUACCUAUUGCUUCUCCAACACACACACUCAAUCAUUAAAAGCUAUAUAAAAAAAAUCUUUUGGUCAUCAUGCCUAACUUUCACCAUUGUUUGGUAUAUUCCUUUAUUUAACUUCUAAAGUACCUUGAGAUAUGUUUCCAUAUUAAUUGCAGUUGCCCUGAACUACCUCAGGGCUAUUCAUAAGGAUGUUGUCUUCCUCCGCCAGGACUAUAUCUGAUGUUGCCCUGCACUGACCUUGCCUUUAAUUUACAAGGGCAACUCAGUUGCAUGUCCUUUGGCUGUUCAUCUUCCUAAAUCCUAUGUAACAUUUGGGUAUUGUUACUGGCAAAGAUUGGAAUAAGCAGUGAAGUGUUAAAAAGCAUGAAUGGUUGAAAAUUGCAGCCGAAGCAGGUAAAUCAUAAACCAUCAACCAGGCUCAGAUCAUUUUAUGGAUAUCUGGUUCGUGGAUGACUUCAUACCAGUUGUCCAGCUAUUAUUGGAAGGCGUAGACAAGAAGGAAAGUCACAACCAAACUGGACUUGCACAAGAAAGCAUUCUCAAAUCUUGCAGCUGGAGUUAGAAGGUUGAGAAUAAAACAAAACACAAGUGGAUUUUGCCACUUUUUAAGAUCAGAGUCACUAACGGCAUUUGAAACUAAUUUUAAUUUCAAGUGAACUUGGAACCUUCUUCUUAUGUACAACAUAGUACGGGGUUUUAGGGAAGGGUAAAGGGUGUACUGACUGUGCAUUUUCUUCACAAUCUUGCAAACAGAAUUAAGUACAACUAUUAAAUCUGUGUUAUAGAUUGAGGAAUUGUAUGGCAACUUGUUAUCCAGUAAAAACUGGAUUCAGAUUACUUAGGCAUAUUCAGAAUUUUGACAUUACAGUUGUUUAUGCAAGAUCAUUAGUUUGCCUGAAAGUUCUGUUUUUCUCAUUCCAGGUAGUUGGCAGCAUGGAUGCUCAUCCAAGCCGUUACUGUGCCACAGUUCGUGUGCAGCGACCUCGUCAGGAAAUAAUUGAAGACCUUUCCUACAUGGUUAGAGAACUACUGAUCCAAUUUUACAAAUCUACCCGCUUCAAGCCAACAAGGAUUAUCUUCUAUAGGGAUGGCGUUCCUGAAGGACAGUUGCCACAGAUACUACACUACGAGCUCUUGGCUAUUCGUGAUGCUUGUAUCAAACUGGAAAAAGAUUAUCAACCUGGAAUUACCUAUAUAGUUGUCCAAAAACGGCAUCACACACGGCUCUUCUGUGCUGAUAAGAGCGAGAGGAUUGGAAAAAGUGGGAACAUACCAGCAGGGACAACAGUUGACACGAAUAUCACCCACCCAUUUGAAUUUGAUUUCUACCUUUGCAGUCAUGCUGGGAUUCAGGGCACCAGCAGACCUUCACAUUAUUAUGUCUUAUGGGAUGACAAUCGAUUCACUGCAGAUGAGCUUCAGAUCUUGACUUAUCAGUUAUGUCAUACUUAUGUGCGGUGCACACGUUCUGUCUCUAUUCCGGCACCAGCCUAUUAUGCUAGAUUGGUGGCAUUCAGGGCAAGAUAUCACUUGGUGGACAAGGAGCAUGACAGUGGAGAAGGCAGCCAUAUCUCCGGACAGAGUAAUGGACGGGAUCCCCAGGCACUUGCUAAAGCUGUCCAGGUUCACCAAGACACCUUACGCACAAUGUACUUCGCUUAAACAUGUGAUAGUUCGGUCACCUCAACCUACCAGCCUCUGGACUAGAAGCAGCCAUACAUGAACAUUCAAGUAUCUUCCACCGACAAUGUCUUGGAGGUUGGAAAGGGUCAAUAUAUAUUUUACAAUGAGUAGCUAAUGAACUACAAAUGGACAGGGAAAGAUUGACCAGAAAAAUUAUAGAAGAGAUCAAAACUAUUCCACAUGAAGAAAACAGGUUUCAUGUUCAAGUUUUAUUUUUUACUUAUUUAUGCAAUAUAUUGAUAACUUUUUAAUGUAAAAUGGAAAUGUUCACCACUGCCAAACUCCUGUUAGUUUUUAAGAGACAUGUGGAUGAAAGAAAAUGGUCGAUGAGCAACUACUUCAAAGGACAUCAUUCAAGGGAUGAAAAGUCCCAAUGGUCCAAAAGCUGAACUUCUCAAUUUAGUGCCUGGACUUAAUUAUUUGAAUCUGCCAGUCUGUUAGACUUGCCAGAGUUCUUUUCAUGCAUAUACCUAAGUUGGCACCAAAACAUAUCAAUAGUUCUGAACCUGAUAAUGUUAUUUGUGAUGUCUCAUUCUUUAUUGUUCUCUUGAGUUUCAUUUUGACAAGUGCAUAAAGUUUUGUGUAUUCAGACAGUCUAAAGAAAUGUUAUCAUGGUCACUUUCCAAAGUCUGGACUUUGAAAGUUGUUAUAAAUUCAUGGGAAGGAAGACAAAUCGAAGUCCUGGUUUUGAGGUAGUAAAAGAAUUGCUUGUAAAUUAUUUUUUUAAAAUGUCACGAUAAGAACCUUAAAGCAUUGUGAUGGCUGCACUUCAUUUGUACUGAUAUUGUAAGCCACUCCUGCUCAACCCACAAAAAGGGGGUGAAAAUGGCAGUAAGGGAACAAGUAGAAUAUAGAUCAUCAGAUUUAGCGACAGUUAAAUGAAUAAAGAAGAGCUGGGGUAUUUUGAAAGUUGCUGUUCUUUGAAUAUUCUUCAGCUGUCUAGCAAAAGAAUUGCACACCAGUGAACACCGGCUGUAAUUCUCAUUCAUUAUUUUGGACAUGGAUGUAGAUUAACAAAAAGCUUAGUUUUGUAUCUUUUUAAAGGGCAUUAAAGAUUGAGCAUUUUUUUGAUCUUCCUCCAAACUGAAUUAGUAAUUUGUUAUAGAUUGUUUUAAAUGUUUUGCUUAGCCUUCAUUUGGAUUUGAAGCCACCUCGUUUCCUUUUACAUACCCACUACAUUUUUAAAAAAGUGAUUUUUGUACUCUGGAGAUCUCAGUGCUAGUAAAUUGAGAAUUUUCCAGAUAAUUCUGCAACCACCUCAUGUCAGCAUAUUGGGCAAAUAUAAAUAAGAUGCACUAUGAAAGCUUCCUGUAGUAUAUCCCAGUUCUACAGGUUGCAUUUCUUAAACCAACCACACUGUGAAACUGUCAAAUUUUCAGUCAUGUCCAUUUGGCACUAAGUUGGAACUGGCCAAAACUUACAGGUGUAUUAUUAUGAACCCAGGUUCAAGAGGUGCAAGUGUAUUGUUCUAACUUACUGCACAGCUCUAAAUAGAUUUUAAAAUGAACGGGGUUGUAGAGACAAGUAGAGUGAUCUGUCAAGGUAUAGUUGAAAUUAUUACAGCAUAUUAGGGUGUAAUUUUAUAUUAAGUGUUUGCACUAGAAUUAAAUAAACAAUCUAGAACAAACAAGUCAGCUGACAAACCUGUUAAUAUCAGUAAAUUUCACAAUACCAUGCACUACAAAUGGACAGUAAAAACAUCUAUCAAAAUAUAAUACAAAUGUAAUCAGUGGGAAGAAACCACUAGAAAUGCAUUAAGAUGCAUUUUAACAGUCCAGGAUUAUUACUUGAAUUUCAAGUUUUUGGAGUUUCCAUUGGCCCUUCAAUCUUCACUUUUCCUUUUUAACAUAUCUUACUGGAAUAUGGUCGAAAGAGUCUGGCUGUGUUGGAUAUCUCAUGCAAGGUACCUUAUUUAUAUUGGAUUAGAGAAAGUGUGCAUCAACAAACUUCCACGCAUGAAGGCCUGUAGAAUCCCAUCCUUAGCCUAUUCUUUAAACUCACUUUGUAGCAGAGGGUACUCCACAGCAAUUGAGAAAGAGGCCCUGGCUGAUUAGGCUUAUUCGGCUUAUUCUGAUUGAAAUCUCAUAACUCUGCACAAUCUAAGAAUUAAACAGAAGAUCAUCCAGCCUUUAAGGGAAAGUUACAACCCACUUCUGUCAGCUGUCAUGGAAGAAUUUUGUACAUAUUUAUAUUUUAAAACUCCAUUUGAAACAAGUACACCAAAGCUCACUGUUAUGGUUUGGGAGUAGUUUAAAAUUGGUAUCCACUGGAAGGAAAUCACUAGUUACACCAUCCCAACUUGCUGUUGGUUACAGUCUUCUACACCUGAACAUCAGAGUUGGGUGUUAAUGAAACUGAUGUUUCCAUUCUGCAUGCUGCACGGUCGUUUUCUCCACCCGUUUUUUGUCAGUUCCUAUCGAGAAAAAUCUUCCAAAAAAAUGAACUCCAGCUAAGUUUAUUUUGGGUGUGUAGGAACUAGUUGGUAGUGGGUGGAGAGUGAAAAACAGAUUGGUCAGUCUUAUUUAGUCCUCAAUGACAAGAGUUGGGUUUUAUCCUCAAGUAGAAAGUGAAAGCUGAAGAUUGUUAACCACCCAUGUCUAAUGUGCUUAAAAUUAAUUUUGUAAACCUUAUUUUUUUACAACUAUCUUUAUGAAAAUUAUACAAAAAUGUACGAGAAAAAGUGGCCCACAAGUCACAGGAUGUUUUUAUGUGCCUGUCUGACACUUGGCUACAUAGGAAGAGGAAAAUUGAAGAGAAUCAAGCUGGGCUACUGUGUUUUUUCCCCAAUUAUCUAUUGGGAGAUGGGCACUUUUAGAAGCCCGAAACUGCUUACCCUCCUGAUCCAAAUCAUAAUACAUAAAAAGGAAAGCAAAUUAGCUUUUAAAAUGCACAAUAUUAAUUCUCCAUUUUGUCAAACGGUGGAAGUUUAAUAAGAAAUGUAAUAAUAAACAGCAUAUAGAGGGUCAGUGGCUAGACCUUUCCUUAAUCCUGGUUGAUUAUCUCUGAUCAGUUUAAUCUAAGAAGCAAUUCCCUAUUUUGUGGGAAAGAUAGAGGGCUUCUUGAAAAGAUACAAAAUAAUGAAUAGCUGAAUGCCAGAUUCAGUCUUUGGUCUUGGUUGAAUUACCCGAUCCUGACUGGGUAUCAUAAUAAAGUCAGUGAUAUUGAGUUAGCAAAGUUGAUUGGGAUUUCUAUUUGAGGUCACUAACCACCAAUUUUUGCUGGAAAUGUGGGGUGUAGGCCCUUCACAGUUAAAUUGCCUAAAGGGUGAACUGGGGAUGGAGGAGCUGGAAUUUGCCAGUAUCUUCAGGUAGAGUGGUAAAAAGGGAAGGAUAAUCUGGACAUCUGUUUUGAGCAAAAGUUAAACAAUAUCCAAGUGAAUACUUGGAAACAUCUACAAUUUGGCAGUAAAACUGAUGGUUUAAAAUGAUUAGUAAAUCAAAUUCUCACCAUUCAGUCAGCUGAUAAUUCAGUAAUUCUGGAGCUCAGGCUUUAUUUUUCAGGACACUAUCAGCCAUUCCUGUUGUGAUUUUUUUUUAAAGAAGGUUAUAGUCAGCUAAGGUAAAAGUUAUACUCAAGUAUUUACGGAGGCAGAGUGGUUUAUUUUCUUACACUGAACCGAUAUACUGAAGUUAACUUUAAUUAUAAUUUUCUAUGUUCCUUUUCCUCGAUGCACAAGUGUUUUUUAAAGAAUAAAAAGUGAUUUGAA